AUGUCCAUCGAACGUAACUACGCUUUGGGCGGUAGCUUCGUUACUGGGCUGCUGAUGAAAGCUACCACUGGCUUUGUCUUCGUCGCUGCCAUCGGGAACUUCGUCAUGUCCUGCGUCCAGGGUGUCUUCGUCGAGGCUCAACUCAAAGUCGUUUUCAUCGUCGUCGUCGAAGUUCAACGUCAACUCAUGCGGGAAAAAGGCAUGCGAAGCUGUUAUGAAGAGAAGGAGGCCGUCCCAAUUGAAAACAGCACCGACUGUAGCAUUCACCCGCCGGUCAAAGCCUCGUUGUAUCUCAAUCCGGCGUCCGACUGGGUUACCGCAUUCCAUAUUCUGGAUUCCUGA